AUACCAUACGAUGAGAAGCAUCGCAAAGAUGGAGAGGAGGAAUGAUGAGCGAGAGAAAGCCUUACUCCUCUCUCAAAGUCACAUUUGGAACCAAACAUACAACCUCGUAAACUCCAUGUCGCUCAAAUGUGCGGUUCAAUUAGGCAUACCGGACAUCAUCAAGCAGCACGGCCGACCCAUGCCUCUCUCCGACCUUGUUUCCGCUCUUCACGUCAACCCCUCCAAAGCCUCGGGCGUGUAUCGCCUCAUGCGCUUGUUAGUCCAUUCUGGCUUCUUCACCAACCAGAAGGUUUCUGAAAAUUGCGAGGAAGAAGGUUAUUUGCUCACACCCGCUGCUCAACUCCUCCUAAAAGAUGAACCUUUCAGUUUGGCACCAUAUUUGUUAGCUAUGCUAGACCCAGACAUGUUCAAACCAUGGCACCAUAUGGGGGAAUGGUUCCAGAACGACGACCCGACACCGUUCCAUUCAGCUUACGGGAUGGGAUUAUACGACUUCUGUGCCACCAAGCCGCGAUUCAACCAUUUAUUCAACGAAGCAAUGGCAAGCGACAGCCGGUUGAUUGCAGGCGUGGUGGUCAAGAGCUGUAAGGGGGUUUUCGAGGGGUUGAACUCUUUGGUUGACGUUGCCGGCGGGACAGGCACGAUGGCGAAGGCUAUAGCUGAUAAUUUCCCGAACUUGAAGGUCACUGUGUUGGAUCUCCCUCAUGUGGUUGAGGAAUUGAAAGGGGGUGAUACUGAGAAUUUGAAGUUUGUUGGGGGUGAUAUGUUUGGGGUUAUUCCUUCGGCUGAUGCUAUUUUAUUGAAGUGGGUAUUUCAUAACUGGAGCGAUGAGGAUGGGGUGAAAAUACUCCAGGGAUGCAAAGAGGCAGUACUUGGAAGCAAAGGAGGAAAGGUGAUUAUCAUAGACAUGGUCUUGGAAACCAACAACAAAGGAGGUAAACCGAAUCAAACCGAGCCUUCUGUUUCAGUAGUCAACGACAAAGGAGAUCAUGAUGACAAGUACUUGUCCGAUUAUACCGAAACGCAGCUCUGCUUCGACAUUGUGAUGUUGACGGUGCUCCCCGGGAAAGAGAGAACCGAGAAAGAGUGGGCGAGUCUCUUCGCUGCGUCCGGUUUCGCUCGCUACAAAAUCACUCCCAUUCUGGGCUUGAGGUCUCUGAUUGAGGUUUAUCCUUGAUCGCGAUUCAUCGUAUGUGUAAACUUUGAUCACCGUUAAUAAGGCGCCGUCUAGAAAUAUUAACAGUAAUUCAGUUAUAAAACUUUAGUGCAUUCUGGUGGAAUUUACCAAUUAACCAUAUGGCAAUGUGCAGUGCCCGUUGUAAUUUUGGAGAAAUAAUGUAAUGUUGUAUUGUGAAGGUGGUAA